AUGGACGCCGCCUGCAGCUGCCUGGAAGCGGCGCGAUUUGAACGCUGCCUGGAAGCGGCGCGAUUUGAACGCUGCCUGAGGCUGGAAGGGGGACUGGCGGGCGUCGGGACCCCCGCGCUCCGCCCGGGGCCACACCCUGCCCAGGUCCGCCCCGCGCCGGGGCUGACACCCGGGAGCGGCGCGUGCUACCCGAGGAAACGCCACCACCCGCAACCCGCAUUCCCACGGCCUCGGGCGCAUGGCGAGCCCUUGGCAGUGCGCCUUUAUGGGACCCCUUUAAGGCCGGCGGAGGCAUCUCGCAGCCGGCGUGAAGCGUCCCGUCCGGCGGAGCGGGUAACUCCACAGGGGAUCCCUCCGCGCGUUAUCUCGCCUCUUCUUGCUGCCUCUCCGCGCACUGGCGGGGUGCGAAAAUGCCUCGCCAGGGCGCACCGGGGCAGCAGCCUCGGCGGCGGCGGCGGCGACGGCAGCGGGAACGGUGGGAGGGGAACGCGGGGGGGGCGAGACUCCGGCGGGGGCAGUCCAGCCGCAGCCUACCAGGCCGCCCGCCCCCCUCCUCCGCAUCCUCCGCCACCUCCGCCGCCUCCCCCCUGCGGCGGGAUUGCCUGUCACCGGGAGCCCGCGAAGUUUUACGGAUACGAUAACUUACAGAGACAGCCGAUUUUUACGACCCAGCAAGAGGCCGAGCUGGUACAAUAUCCUGACUGUAAAUCGUCCAGUGGUAAUAUUGGCGAGGACCCAGACCACUUAAAUCAGAGCUCGUCUCCUUCUCAAAUGUUUCCCUGGAUGAGACCACAAGCAGCUCCUGGUAGAAGAAGAGGAAGACAAACCUACAGUCGUUUCCAAACCCUAGAGCUGGAAAAGGAAUUCCUUUUUAACCCUUAUCUGACCAGGAAGAGAAGAAUCGAGGUUUCCCACGCCCUAGCCCUCACUGAACGACAGGUGAAAAUCUGGUUCCAGAACAGGAGAAUGAAGUGGAAAAAGGAGAACAACAAGGACAAAUUCCCAGUUUCCCGACAGGAGGCAAAGGAUGGGGAAACCAAAAAGGAAGCUCAAGAACUGGAGGAAGACAGAGCUGAGGGCCCGACAAAUUAA